AUGGUGCGAUAUCAGCACCUGGCAGUCAAGACUGCCUUAUUCCUUGGACUGCAAGUGUUCGGCACCACUGCAGCUCCUUCUGUGAACGUAGGGCUAAAAACUUCGUUCAAUUCGGCUCCCUAUCUAGUAGAACUAUUAGAGACAGCUGCCGAUGAAAAUGCCACCGCUUACUUCCCAUUGCUCGACCACAUCGCUGAAGGACGCUUCGACCAUGCCUCGACAGACCGAGACCUGUACUACCUAUUCAAAAAGACGCUACAAGAAGAAGGACACCUCUCCAAGGCAGAAGACAUUUCUUCGUUUGAAUACGCUUUGUCUAUACAUGCCGCUGCACCUAGGAUUGAGGCACACUAUCAGUUCUACAACACUACAAUAGAACCUACACUCAAGAGCCGGUUGGAUUUGAACUGCGAGACAUUGUUACACUUCAAUGGCCAACAGUACUGUGAUGCCGACUUGUCAAGCUCAACAGCAAACUCGGUGGACCAAGAACGCAUACUAGACCUUCCCUUUGAUCGCAUCAUGGGCGACAAGCAGAGCAAGACACCUGCUAUCCUCUACGCAGACCUCAUGUCUCCUUCUUUCCGCCAGUUCCACAAGACGGUCCGUCAGACUGCCAAGUCUGGAAAGACAUCAUACAGAGUGAGAUACAGACCCUCUUUAAGCAUUCCAGGCUUUCCUCUUGCUGUCAGUGGUUACGGCAUAGCGCUCGAUCUGAAGAGGACCGAUUACAUUGUCAUUGAUGACCGCAAGGCCGAUGAAUCGGACGAUACGAACAACGAUGCUUCUAGUGCCAAGUUGACAGACGAGGACGUGGCCGAUCUCAAGCCACUAUCCUCCAAAGAGUUGCUGAGGUUGGACAUGAAAGCGUCCAGCUUCGUCAUGGACAGUGCGGAUCCAUUCAAUACCUUGCUGAAACUGAUUCAAGACUUCCCAAAGCACUCUGCAGCCAUGUCUAACCACGAAGUAUCUGAGGCAUUUAGAAAAGAGCACUUGGCCAACCGUGAGGUGUUUUUGCCAUCGGGGUACAACGUCAUUUGGAUCAACGGUCUCCAGAUUCUGGCUCGUGACUUUGAUGCUUAUGCUAUGCUCGAGCAUUUGCGCCGUGAGCGUAAGUUAGUCAACAGUGCUGGCGAGCUUGGCUUGAGUGGGAAAGAAGCUGUGCGACUCCUCUCACACUCCUCGAUUUCGGAAGCUGCCUCAGCUCAAGAGCCACAGCGCUACGACUGGAGAGACGAGCUUGAAGGUGGUAAAGUAAUCAUUUGGAUGAACGACAUCGAGAAUGACAGACGUUAUGCUGAGUGGCCAACCCAAGUUAGAGCACUGUUGCAACGAACAUACCCUGGACAACUUCCUCCAGUUCGCAAAGAGAUUCAUAAUCUUAUUCUUCCAAUCGACUUUGCCAAUUACAAGGACGUGGAGUUGGUCGUUGAAAGCUUGCAAAGCUUCGUGAAGAGAAAGGUCCCGAUUCGAUUUGGUCUCGUGCCCAAAGUAUCUGGUCCUGCAUCCACCGAACAAGCAAAGGCGGUUUACCACUUGCUCGACACUUACGGUCUUGGUGUUGCUCUAGAGUAUCUCCAAAAGCUUUCGUCUAGUCAGGGGCGCAAACUGGCCGGUCCAGUGCAGUCCAUCUUCGAGACCGCUACCAAGGGUCGUAAACUCCGUAAGGACCGGGUUUCGGCACCUUUGCAAGAGUUAUUGAAGGACACCGUCAUCGAUGCUCGUGUAACAUCUGCACACACGUAUCUUGCCCGUCUAGGUGCAUCCGGCCCCACUCCGCCUUUCUUUGUCAACGGCAUUCCUCUGCCCAUGUCUGAUGAGUGGCUCCAAGAGAUGAGCCAGCGCGUGAGCACCGAUUUGCGUACUGUCCAGAAGGCAAUAUUCGAGGAACAACUCGAUGAUGAGAGCUAUAUACCUGAAGUUUUCUUGUCUCGCGCAUCCGCACGUCGCAACCCGUGGAUCAUCCCUGAAGACGAGAAUAGUAUUCGACAAGUCAAUCUGGCAUCGCUUUCUGAUCUGGCCGAAGGCGCAAUAGGGUCAAUUCCUAGUCUGCCAGCCAACAAGGAUACCGUUUCAAAUGACCUUGUCCACCUUGUCGUCAUUGCAGACUUCGAUUCAGGAGUUUCUCAGCAAAUGCUUUCUGAACUUGUCACCUUGCGUAAGGAAGAAUAUGAUCAAGUCGAGAUCUUGUUGGUCCACAACUCUGCUAAGCCACUAUCAACCUCAAGCUUUGCGGUCCAAUUGUUCAAAACGAUGAUGCUGGGCCCUGUCGUUUCUUUGGAGGCCCUGGAAGCAUUACUGUCAAGGGACAAUUCCAACACCAAGAUUGCUGACGAGGACGUUGUUGCAGCUCAGACCUUCUGGUCAUCAGCUGACAGGUUCCUCGAUGAUGUUGGUUUUGGUAGCGGCGAGCAAGGAAUUUUGUUGGCAGGUAGGGUGGUUGGUCCCAUGCCAUCUUUUGCACAAUUCGGACGCGAUGACUUUGAGACACUUCUGUCGUACGAACGCAUGAAGCGCUUGAUGCCAGCAGCGGCAGCUAUAAAAGGAGUCAACAUUGCGGACAAGGCCAAUACUGCCUUGUCGUUCUCCAAGUUGUCGAACUUGAUUGCGUUGUCAUCUAAGUCAGAUGUUCCUGAGGGCAUGUUUGAUUCUGUUCCUCCUGCUCGAGCAGACGUUUUCAGCGGCUGGGCCGGUUCGCACACUCUCAUCGAGCGAGGCGAUGCCGAGACUGCAGCUAUACAGAUCGUCGCUGCUGUGGACCCGGCAUCCGAGACCGCUCAACGCUGGGUACCCAUCCUGAGAGUCCUUUCUGAGCUUUCUGGCGUUCAUCUUCGCCUAUACUUGAAUCCUAAGGAAAGGUUGGAUGAACUGCCUGUAAAGCGAUUCUACCGACAUGUGUUGGAGUCAAAGCCUAGAUUUGAUGAGCAAGGCUCUCUUGAGGGCACACUGGCUCACUUUGAAGGUCUUCCAGCAGAUGCUCUUCUUACGAUGGCUAUGGACAUGCCGCCUGCAUGGCUCGUUGCACCAAAGGACAGUGUCCACGAUCUUGACAAUAUCAAGUUGAGCUCGACUCAGGGCAAAGAUAUCGAGGCGACCUAUGAGCUCGAAAGUAUCUUGAUCGAAGGUCACUCCAGAGAUGUCACUCUCGGCACUGCACCCAGAGGAGCCCAGCUUGUCCUAGGUACCAACAAAGAGCACUUUGCCGAUACUAUUAUCAUGGCGAAUCUAGGCUACUUCCAAUUCAAGGCAAAGCCGGGUUUCUACAACCUGACCUUACAAAAGGGAAGAAGCGAGGAGAUUUUCAAGAUUGAUAGUGCUGGAACCUUGGGCUACAGUCCUCAAACAGGCGAUGAGACGACCGAGAUUGCUCUUACCAGUUUCCAAGGUGCCACCAUCUUCCCUCGUCUCUCUCGCAGAGCUGGCACGGAGGAUGAAGAUGUACUGGAAAGCGCAAAGACGACUGCUGAUCACAUCACUGACAAAGCUGACAAGAUCCUCGCAAAGGUUGGCCUUGGUAGUGUAAAGUCCAGCGAAGUUCUCUCCAAAGCUCAGAAGUUCGGGUCUGGCCUGCUAUCUGGAACAACUGGAUCAACCACCGACAUCUCGACUCUCCCUCACGCCGACAUCAACAUUUUCUCUGUCGCCUCUGGUCACCUUUACGAGCGUAUGCUGAACAUCAUGAUGCUCUCCGUCACCAAACACACCACCCACACUGUCAAGUUCUGGUUCAUCGAACAAUUCCUGUCUCCCUCCUUCAAAGCCUUCCUCCCCAUCAUGGCCGAAGAAUACAACUUCCGCUACGAGAUGGUAACCUACAAAUGGCCACACUGGCUUCGUGGUCAGAAGGAAAAGCAGCGUGAAAUCUGGGGCUACAAGAUUCUCUUCCUGGACGUCCUCUUCCCCCUCGAUCUCGACAAAGUCAUCUUCGUCGACGCCGACCAGAUUGUCCGCACAGACAUGUACGAUCUCGUCACCUAUGACUUACAAGGCGCUCCCUAUGGCUUCACCCCCAUGUGCGACUCACGCACCUCCAUGGAAGGCUUCCGCUUCUGGAAACAAGGAUAUUGGAAAAACUUCCUCCGCGGCUUGCCCUACCAUAUCUCUGCUCUUUACGUAGUCGACUUGGUGCGUUUCCGCCAAAUGGCCGCUGGCGAUCGCUUGCGUCAACAAUACCAUCAACUCUCCGCCGACCCAAAUUCCCUCUCCAACCUCGAUCAGGAUCUGCCCAAUCACAUGCAACACGUCUUGCCCAUCCACAGUCUACCCCAGGAAUGGCUUUGGUGCGAGACUUGGUGCAGUGACGAGACCCUCGGUGUCGCGCGCACUAUUGACUUGUGCAAUAACCCUCAGACCAAAGAACCCAAGCUAGAGAGAGCGAGAAGACAGGUUCCUGAGUGGACUAUCUACGAUGAUGAGAUUGCGGCCUUGGCUCAACGCAAGGUUGGCGAGGGCAAAAGUCCUAUUGCUGGAAGUGCUGGUGGUGUGGGGAUUCAGGCCGAGAUGCAGGAACAAGAUGCUAAAAAGCAGAAGGAGGAAAAUGAGAAGAAGGAGAAGGGUAAAGGUCAUGAUGAGCUGUAG